UGCGGAGCCCAUGACGACGAAGGACGAGAUUUCUAAAGAAGAGCAACUGGUUUGAAAGAGGCCACUUUGGCACUCUUGAGCCAAUCCCAUUGAAACUGAAUAUCUUUGGUUGGGGGGUGAUUGGUGUCCGUUCCCCACUCCACAAUGGAAUCCUCCACUCUUGGGGAGUUCAAUCUCAGUUCAUUCAUCGAGUAUGAUUGCCCCGUGUAUGGGAAUAAUAGUGACCACAUCAUUGACCAAGUUAUCUUUUGGGUGGAGGGCGUGGGAUUGAGUGCUGUGGCCACAUUUGGAAUCAUUGGCAAUCUCUUGGCAAGUGUGAUCCUCUCCCGUCACGAAUUGAGGAAUUCCUUCAACUUGCUCUUGAUAGGUUUGGCCUUUUUUGACACUUGUUACAUCGUGGGAUCGUUAUUGGAAACGGUCCGAAAAAGUUUCAGGGUGGCCACUCAAACGCAUUUGCUGUUGUUUCCCUACUUACUCUACCCUGGGCAAAUGAUUGCCAUGACCGGAUCUGUGUUCAUGAUCGUGGCUAUUGCUUUUGAGAGGUACGUGUCCGUUCAUCAUCCUCUGGACUAUAACCAGGCCAUGAAUGAUGGCUCCGAGAUCAGGAAGCGACUCCUCAAGUACUUCGUUCCAGUUGUUCUGUUGGCUGUGAUCAUCAAUGUGCCCAAGUUUUUCGAAACCGAGGCUGUUUUCGUGCCCAUCGACUGGACGGCCAACCGGACCAAUACGGAUGACACUUCACAGCUAUUGUCGUCAUCCAUGGUGAAUGAGGAUCACCAUGAGUCAUCACCCUUGUAUGAAGUCAGAUUAAACGUCACCAGCAUGAGGAUUGAUCCGAUUUAUAGCUCCUUUGUCAAUUGGAGUCAGCUCAUCAUUCUCGGGAUCCUCCCAGUCUGUCUUUUGGUGUACUUCAAUACGAAGAUCUACAUCGACGUGAAGGAACGAGAGAAGCGUCGGCGACCUCAAAACCAGAGAGAUGUGGCCGCCAUGGUUCGAUCCGAGGCCAACACUGUCUUGAUCGACGAACACGUGGACGUUGGCUCAAAUCCCAAACGAAAGCCCUCAGACCCGAGAUCUAUUCCGGGAAGAUUCAAUUUGGUGAUCCAAGACACCAGCCGAGCCAAUCGCCCUCAAGGUCAAGCCGGGCCUAGAGUGGGCCUACUGGCUAUGACCGUCACUCGAAUCCAACGCAAGUGUUGCUGCAGGGCCUUCGAGGCCAAGACUUAUGUCAUUCCACCGGCUUCCAUGAACGUCGCAGCAGGAGAUAAUGGAAGCCCCGGAAAGAGUCAGCCCUCCUCAAAUCUAGCUCCAUCUCACGAAGAAGGAUUUGAAGGGACAGCAGCCUCGUCGGAUCCAUCUCGAAUGAGUAAUGCACGCAGACGGCGAGUCGAGGAUAGAAUGGCCAUUCUCUUUAUGGGCAUCGUCACAUUUUUCCUCUUGUGUCACUUCCCGCGGAUAUUGCUCAAUUUCUACGAGAUGCUGGUGAUUGAGCAGGCCAUGGCUUGCAGCAAAAUGGGACAACGAGCCUUCGCUGUGUGGGCUCAGAUCAUGACGAGUAUUAGCCACUUCCUUCUGGUCACCAACAGCUCCAUUAACAUUCUCAUCUACAGUCUUUUCAACACUCAAUUUCGAGCUGCCGCCAAGAACCUAUUUCGGCAAGUACAAACCAGUUUGGCAUGUCAGGCACGUGUCGAUAAGAUGGCCUCUUGUGUGCCCUCGUGGCUCAGCCCGGCCGGUCUGAGACGACGGAAUCAAAAUAGUGACACUAGUGUCGUCAGAGUGACUUCACGGCCUAAUGAGCUCGAGACACGGCGAAGGCCGUCAAGAGGCCUCUUAGCCAUUCCUUCGCCGAAUUUUGAAGCUUCCCCAAAGCUAUUAACAGCAAACCGUCUGGCUGGCGAUGGAAGCAUCCUUACCGUUAACAACAAAACAGACCAGGGGACCAACACCACAUCCAAAGCAGCCAAGAGCCAACAAGAAAAUUGAGCAUGCGAGGGCCUUUGUUUGCCCUGGCCGACCUUCGCCAUGGUGCCUGAAUUCGAUUUUAUCAAGAGGUGUUCGCUCUAUUCUCAUGAGAAUAAGUAAUGACUAGAUAUAGUUCAUAGAGUUAUUGUUGAGCCUCAUAGACAGACACUAACAUGUAACGAAUUAUCGAGCGCAAAUAAAGUGACCACAGU